AUUUGAACUUGGCGCCAGUUUUGCUCGGUAGGUAUCGGGAGGCAUCGCUGGCUGAGGAGCAAACCGGAAUGACGCAUGCGCUGUUCCAGUCGGCCAUUUUCGGUUUUCACUUCAGCCUUGUACGUGACACACACGCAACAUGGGCAAGCCCAGAGGUUUGAGAACGGCGAGGAAACACGUCAAUCACCGCAGGGACCAACGAUGGGCUGAUAAAGAUUACAAGAAGGCUCACUUGGGCACAAGGUGGAAGGCCAAUCCCUUCGGAGGCGCUUCUCACGCAAAGGGAAUCGUCUUGGAAAAAGUUGGUGUAGAAGCCAAGCAGCCCAACUCUGCCAUCCGCAAGUGCGUUAGGGUACAGCUGAUAAAAAAUGGCAAGAAGAUUACGGCCUUCGUGCCCAGGGAUGGCUGCCUCAACUACAUCGAGGAGAACGAUGAGGUGAUGGUGGCUGGAUUCGGGCGUAAGGGCCACGCCGUCGGUGAUAUUCCCGGCGUCCGUUUCAAGGUGGUUAAGGUGGCUAACGUUUCGCUCUUGGCUUUGUACAAGGAGAAGAAGGAGCGACCUAGAUCAUAAGUUUACUCUAAUGUUACUCUCCAUCCAACACACAAACGGUCGGUCUGGCUCGCCUACUACAAUUUCUCUCCUCUUCAUCCACGGGAUACUGGGUGAGAAAAGAAGUGGCUGGAGGACGCAAAUCAUUCCACACAUUGAAAUAGUGCAUUCCAAUUUGGACUCUCUGUCACUAUGCAUUCCGUAAUAACCUUAUGAGCUGGAUUUGACAUCAUUGUUAUCAUUUCAUUGUUUCCCAAGAGCUAUGUAAAUAUUUAAAAUUAAAAUGAACCUUGAGAUUUUAAAA